AUGGCCCGAUUUGUGCUCCUUAUUGCUGCUUUUUUAGCAGUUUUUGUUGCUCUUUCACAAUCUGCAAAUCAUCAUAAAAAAUGGGCACAAAAGAAUCGCUAUAAUUUGAAAGGAUGUUAUAAACAAACUGGAAAAUUAUACGAACACAGGUUGGUUAGAACUUUACAUUUUUUUUCAAUUUUUUUUAUUUUUGAAGAAUUUCUGAUCGUCUUUAUGAAUAUGAAGAUUUUGAUGCCGAUGAAUUGCCAAAAUCAUGGGAUUGGAGAAAUGCAAAUGGUGUGAACUAUGCUUCUCCAGACAGAAAUCAACAUAUUCCACAAUGUAAGUUCCAAGUUUUCUAACAUAUUUUCGAAAAAUAUAUUCCAAAAUUGUAUGCAGACUGUGGAUCUUGCUGGGCUUUUGGAGCAACAACUGCUUUGGCUGAUCGUAUUAACAUUAAAAGAAAGAAUGCGUGGCCACAAGCAUAUUUGUCAGUUCAAGAAGUUAUUGAUUGUUCGGGAGCUGGAACAUGUGUAAUGGGAGGAGAACCAGGAGGUGUUUAUAAAUAUGCGCAUGAACACGGAAUUCCACAUGAAACUUGUAAUAAUUAUCAAGCAAGAGAUGGAAGUGAGUGAAAUCAUCCUAAAUGGAAAUCUGAUUAGUUUCUUGUUCGGGUAGAUCACAAAUUUUCUGACUUUUGGAGAAAAAACUCUGAAUCCGAUAUUUUUCCGAAGCUCGUUUCACAAUCAGAACAUGUUUUGAAUGUUUUUGGAACUCGAAAUAAAUUCCCGAUAUUUUUUUCAGAAUGUGAUCCAUACAAUCGAUGUGGUUCAUGCUGGCCAGGAGAAUGCUUCUCAAUCAAAAACUACACUCUUUACAAAGUCUCAGAAUAUGGUAAGUUCUAGGUUACUGUUGUUUUUUUCAAGAUAAACCUGUAGUAAAUUCACCAAUGCAAAAAUAUGUAUCUUCAGGAACUGUCAGUGGAUACGAAAAAAUGAAGGCUGAAAUUUAUCACAAAGGACCAAUUGCUUGUGGAAUUGCAGCCACAAAAGCAUUCGAGACCUAUGCUGGAGGAGUAUACAAAGAAGUAACCGAUGAAGAUAUCGAUCAUAUUAUUUCAGUUCAUGGAUGGGGAGUUGAUCAUGAAACUGGAGUUGAAUAUUGGAUUGGAAGAAAUUCAUGGGGAACUCCUUGGGGAGAAAAUGGGUGGUUCAGAAUUGUUACUUCGCAAUACAAAAAUGCGGGAAGUAAAUUCAAUUUGAAAAUUGAAGAGGAUUGUGUUUGGGCUGAUCCAAUUGUUUAA